AAACUUCCAAAGUUAUGAAGUGUAAUAAAUCUUAUUAGCUUUUAUUUCAAAUAUUCUGUAACUUGGUUCAAUCAAUUGUAUGAUUCUUUGCCGACGUCGUAUUGCUAUUAAUACUUAAUACCGUAAUCAAACCAUUAUUCAUAAUGCCCCGGUUGAAGAAAAGAUCAUUGGAAACCAAAGCUAGAAUAUCUCGGAUGAAACGAGCAGAAAAACGAAGAGAACAAAUUUUGUAUUUAAAAACGCAAGCUGAAGAAAUGGAAAUUUUAUGCCGUGGCAUAAGAAAUGAAGGUGCUCUUGUACCACCUAUUAGACAAACUGCAUCAAUAUUUAAACAGCCAGUAACUGUUCAUAAGAACCAAGAAGGUAAAGUUAAAACAGACUUCAAACACGGAAGACAAGAAAAACCAAGACAAGUGUUCUGGGAAAAAAGACUUGAAGGUAUUAGAGCAUCAGAAAAAGAUGGUUAUGAAUUAGGUACUAGAUGGACUGGUCUUCUGCGACCAGCUGGACCUCAUGUUCGUGAUGAAACUUUAUUACAAAGUGUUGCUACUGCUUUACAUGUUUGUGCUAUGCCAGUGACUGGACAACCUCCAAUGCGAUCUCAUUAUGAUAAAGAAAUUGUAUAUCGGAUUCCAGACCAACCACUUGUACAGGAGGUGAAUGUAACUGUAGAAGAUAUCAAAAGCCAAGAAGAACGUGUUAUAUUAGCCAGAAAACGACUUCAAGAAAUAAUGGGAAAAAUCAAAUAAUAUUUUUGUAUAUAAUAAACCUUAUAAUUAGUAUAUUUUCUCACUUUA